UUCCGAACCAUUGAAGCAUUUAAAUUUUGUGGUCUUUUAACAACGGCUUAUACAGUAAAAUUAGCAUCAGUGUAAUAAUACUGAAAUAAAAAUUAAGUAUCAUUUUUCCGCUCUAGCUAAAUGUGAGCUUGUAAAAUUUGCCUCAUCUUCCUGUUUGUAUCUAUGAAUUCUAUCUUGGUGCAUGCUUCAGUAGAAUGAUUCUCAGCAAGCCCGGAAAUAUAUGGUGAAGCUGAUUUAACAUUGAAAAAAUUAAUCGAUUGUGUUUUGCUCUUUUCGAAAUGCUGGCCGUGCAGACAAACUCGACAGUUCAUUCCAACGAUCUCGUAGUUCGAGUAUGUCCUCGCUGGAAAACAUUGCCACUGAAACCAUCAGCUGCCUUACUUUCGCCGAUUCCUACACGAAAAAGAGCGAUUCCAAUGCCUUACCGACUUUGUGGAUUGGCACGGCUUCAGGUUCCGUACAAACUAUUGUGUUUAACACGCCUGCCUCUGGUGACAGACACACACAGCCUGUGAUUAUCUCUAGUUGUAAUGGUACUACGUUUAAGUUGAAAGGAUGUAUUUUAACGAUGUCCUUUUUGGAUUGUAACGGAGCUUUAAUUCCUUAUUCCUACGAGUCCUGGAAGGAUGAGAGUGGAGAUGGCAAGGAUCGUCACACUCGAAUUGCAGAGAACCAAGGGAAAUUUUCGAGUACGCGGAUGUCCCCCUCGAUCAAUUCUCAAGGUUCGACAGUGGAUGGCCACGAGGACAGGCAAUUUGUCGUGCUGACAUCUGACAAGCAAGCCAGAGUCGUUGCUCUUCCCUCGCAGAACUGCGUCUAUAAGCAGCAGUUAACAACAGUCGAGCCUCAAAUCGUCAUUAAGGCCGAAAUAACAUCUAUGAAAGAUAGUGUAUGCCUAGUCUGCUACGUCUCGAAUGGUCACAUAUAUACGUACAGUUUGCCAAGCCUGAAGCCAUUAAUUGACGUUGAUUUUUUACCUGUUUCUGAAUUAAGUUUUCAGACUACUAAACCCGGCUUAGUAGAUCCCAUGUUGUCCAUAUGGGGUCAUCAACUCUUUGUUAAUGGCGAAACCGAUCAAAUCUCGAGGACUCUGUGCUUUACCAACAAAGGUCAUGGACUCUACUUAGCAUCACCGACGGAAAUUCAAAAGUUUACGGUUUCCAGUGAGUUUUGCCUGGAAAUGGUCGAAAUGAUCGGUGACAUAUUUAUCAUUCGGGAUAUGCCAGAGCCGCCAAAGGAAAGCUUCUUCAAGGGAUUGUUUGGAGGUGGAGCCCGGAGUGUCGAUCGCGAGGAACUCUUUGGUGAGGCAAGUGGUAAAGCAUCCCGUACUUUGGCCAACCGCAUACCAGGUCCCAACGCUGGCACCGAGGCACUCAGGGAACGAGUAUCGUCCGCCACUGGCGACGUUGCAAUGGCCCAUCAAAUGGUAAUGGAACGUGGUGAUAAGCUGUCACAGCUGGAGGAGCGCACGGGCCGCAUGAUGAACGAGUCGGAGAAUUUCGCCUCUUCGGCUCACCAACUCAUGCAAAAGUACAAGGACAAAAAGUGGUACCAACUAUGAAAGCGACACCCAAGAAGAUGUCCUAGCGGCCGUUGAACAGCUACCGCGUAAUCAAUAUAAUUACUCUUUGAUUAUCACUAUGACUGUCGCGUUACGACUUGAAAAAUCGCUGACGGAAGUCGACGAGAAGUUUUUCGCCGAUGCGCGACGCAUGAAUAUAUACAAGCGUAUACUCAUGCAUGAAUCAAGAAAAGGUGCUGGUACUUGACAUGUAUCUCCCUUUGAUCCUUGCAUAUGAAAAUAAAAACAAUAAAAAUUACAACAAUAAAAAAGUGAGAGAGGGAGAAACUUUAACUAUGUAAAUAUUUCGCGCGACUUCAACCCCCCCUCUCUCUCCUUCUCUCUCUCUCUCUCACACUCACUCUACCUUAUAAAUUGGCGGAUCUCCAGCGUUCUGUCGUUGUUAUAAAAGAACGUAUUUAUAAAUACAAAUAAUAUUUUGCUUGUAGGUUAUACCAAUGAUAAAUAAAGAUUAAAAAAAAAAAAAAAAAAA